AUGCUGACAUCUUCAGAAACGAACGCGGGUCGAUUGAUAGCCGCCUAUCAUUCGGAUGUUCCAACCUACCCAAUGGAGGAAACGAUGGGACUGCUAAAUGUUCGUAGUACACUUAUACAUCAGUUUGCGACCACGACGAUUACCGUUAAAAGUGUCGAACAAAUUCGCAAAAAUCCAGUUCAGGGACUCUCUGGAGAAUCUGAAAAUUUGGUGAACGCCUGGAUGAACCUUCCCGAUUGUGGAGUAUGCGUAAUAGAACAUCGAAAGAAGUCUGGAAAAGUUCUUUACGAAACAAACAUGUAUCAUAUAGAUGAAUCCACCACUGAGCUGGUGAUUCAACCUGAGAAGAAUGAGUCGGUGAACGAAGAAGUCAAUACGGUGUCAGAUCCCACAACGGCCAAUUUACUGUUUAAUCUAUCACUGACGGAGGAGCAGAAAAAAGCAAAGGAUGAAGUCAUUUUACCAUAUGUUAAGAUCCAAGAUCAAUAUGAAGAAAAGGGUUCACCCACUGCCGGAGGCGGAACAAUCUUUUACGAACCCGAUGAUGCCGACGAUUUUGACGAGGAGGAUCCUGAUGAAGACUUGGACAUUUGA